GUUUAGUCGAGAGUCGUCUGCGUACAACCGACGGCUAUCUUUUCUCGAGAAUAUCAACAUCCCUACAACCGCGUGUGACGUUUUUAAACUUGAAGGGAGAUAAGAUUCACAACUGGGGGAAACGUGAAUUUCGCAAUCACUAAGAUAUAAAUAACAUCUAUCUAUAACUGAGCACGAAGAAAUUAGUUAAGACUUGAGAGACAUGCAGUAAACUUGAGAAACACGACCAGCAGAACCAGCAGUUACGAGUUGUAAUGUUCUUUUCAUCAAUAAUUAGUCUGGAAAUUACGAUGGUAACCACGAUCCUACUUCUUGCCGUCCUCACGGCGUGUGCUUACUUAUAUAAAAUCAUGAAGAGUAACAUGAUGCACUUUGAGAAGCUGAACGUUCCACAUGAGAAACCGUUCAUCUUAUUGGGCAACAUGGCGCCCGUUUUCUUCCGACGUCUGUCCAUAACGGAGACUAUUGCAAAAUUGUACGAACGCUUCUCCAACACAAAGUACUUCGGCAUUUACAAUUUUAUGACUCCGACCCUCGUGAUUCGCGACCCGGACCUAAUCAAUACGAUCACCAUCAAAAACUUCGACAGCUUCUGUGAUCACCGUAGCUUCGUUAACAAUGACGUCGACCGGUUGGUAGGUAAAAACCUAUUCAGCCUGAAAGGCGAUCAUUGGCGCGAAAUGCGGAAACUUCUUAGUCCAGCCUUCACGUCCAGCAAGUUGAAAACAAUGUUUCACUUAAUGUGCCAGUGCGCUGACAACUUCAGCACUCAUAUGGCCAACAACUCCAAGGUAGGCAUGACGAUAAAUGUGAAAGAAGAAAUGUGCAAAUACGCUAACGAUGUGGUGGCCACUUGCGCCUUCGGCGUCAGUUUGAACUCAUUCAAAGAUCCAAACAAUGAGUUUUAUCGUCUCGGUAGAGAGGCCAUGAAUUUCGACAGCAAUUUAGGUUUGAAGUUUAUGUUGAACAUAAGUUUCCCAAAAAUCGUGAAAAUGUUUAAUGUGCGAAUGUUCAGCGAAAAAGUCGAGAAUUUCUUUAAAAAUCUCGUCAGUAACGUGGUGAAGGUUAGGGACGAGGAGGGCAUCAGUCGUCCGGACAUGAUUCAGCUGAUGAUGGAGACCAGGGGCCAAAGUACCGGACCAAUGUUCGACAUCGACGAGAUGACCGCCCAGGCAUUCAUCUUCUUCUUAGGUGGAUUCGAUUCCGUGUCAACGGCAAUGUGCUUCCUGGUACACGAAGUCGCGAUGAAUUCCGAUGUCCAGCACAAAUUGAGGACUGAGAUCGAGGAAGUUCUCAGAAAGAACGACGGGAAACCUACAUACGAAGCCAUUAAUAGCAUGAAGUACUUGAACGCCGUGUUGAACGAGACUCUGAGAUUAUAUCCUUUAGCGGCCUUCCUCGACAGAGUAUGCGUUAAGGAGUUCGAGCUGCCACCGGCGACUCCGGACGGCAAACCGACCACGGUGAAAGUCGGAGACUGCAUCUGGUUUUCGAGUUACUCGGUACAUCAUGAUUCCAAUUACUAUUCGGAGCCGAAAAAGUUCAAUCCGGACAGAUUCUUGGACGAUAAUUUGGACAACUCGGUUUAUUUUCCGUUUGGCAUAGGGCCUAGACUCUGCAUAGGCAACAGAUUCGCUCUGUUAGAGAUGAAAAUUAUGCUAUUCUACAUGCUAUGGCGAUGCGAUCUCGAGCCCGACGUCAAAAUGAAGAUUCCUCUGGUAUUGAGCAAGAAAAUACCCAUCAUGAUGGCGGAGGGUGGUUUUUGGUUAAAACUACGAGCAAGAAGAGAGACAUGUUCCCUCCUGCAAUGAAUACUAAUCGAGUAAAUGGAGUUUUGAGACAAAAAUACAUAACCAUUAUUUUGAAUUUUUUAUUGAUAAAAGUGUCUAAAUGUUACUAAUGAAAGUUUCUAAAUGUGUCUCAUAAACAUUCGAAUUGAUCCUUAGUCAUGUUUAAAAACAUACUUUUAUCGAUAAAGAAAAUCCAUAAUAAGAGGCUAUAUCUAUAAAUUCUGUAAUGUUUGUUUUAUAUAUGAAGCAUUUGAAAUUGAGAAGUUUGUUAAUUGUAAAAUAAUUACGUCGUAACGUAAACUUUAUUACUUCGACUCCCUAUAAAUCUCAUAGCUUAGAGAUAUCAUAUUCGUAGAAAUAUGAAAAUUAAAAAAAAAUUAAUUUGAAACUAUUUUGUAUGUUUGUUAUUAAUAUGUGGAAUCUAUGCCGGUCUUAUAUCAUCUUUAUAAUAUAAUAAAAAUUGUGCAUCCAA